CUUCGUCUUGUUGCGAGCUCGUGCCACUCAAUGUGAUGCCGAGGCUCCAAGUUUGCAGCUCCAGCAACAAGUCGUGGAUCAAUCAUGACAUUGGCAUUUGGCACUGACUCCAGGAUGGCAAUAUCGCCGACUGCGUGACCGCAAUCAUGAUGAUUGCUUUAACCGAUUGUUUGCCAGUCAACUUCAUCUUCCCUUUCAUCUCUGCCAUUUUUGGUGUCACCGUGUUCAAAUGGUCGGUACAAUCUCACCUCUUUGGAUGUCAUCUUCUUUCUUCUCCCUUUCGUGACAACUGAUCUUGUCUUCUCCCCGACUUGUCCCUUGAUUACUUGUCCACCGGGCUGCUGAUCCUCGCCCGCUGACCUCAUCCCUGCAUUGAUACCCGGACAAAAACACUUCCACCUCACCACUUUCUCAACGGGCUUCUUUCCUACUUAGAGUCCAUCGUCAUCAUGCCGUCUUUCCUCUCAUCAACGCCUGCCCACCUCCAAAAGGCCGCCGAGUAUCGCAUACCACCACCCAAAGGCCAGCCCUAUUCUCUGACUGUCCCAAACUCCAAAGUCGAUGGACGAACCUCUGUUUAUCGGCAUUGCAAGUGCCCCGAUGGCACUCUCCAGACCCUCGAUAACUCCGUCCUCACCGGGCAUGACAUGUUUGAACACUCUGCUCAGCGAUAUCCUCACUCCCCUUGUCUUGGGUGGCGGCCGUGGGACUCUUCCAAAAAUGCCUACGGCGCCUACGAAUGGAUGGACUACGAGACGGUAGCGAAACGUCGCAAGGACUUUGGCGUUGGCCUCGUCGAGAUACACGCAAGAGAAGGAAUCACAGGGACGCAGUACGGGAUCGGUCUAUGGUGUCAGAACAGACCGGAAUGGCAACUGACGGAUCUCGCAUGCAUGUCUCAAUCGCUCUUCUCGGUCUCGCUGUACGACACCCUCGGCCCAGAUACAUCAGAGUACAUCAUCCGACAUGCCGACCUGGCCUGCGUGGUGUGUUCACUGUCCCACGUCCCGACGUUGUUGAAGCUCAAGCCUAGACUGUCAAACUUGAAGAUGCUGGUGGUCAUCGACCCUCUGGAAUCGGGCAGUGAGAAGCCGGAACUCUCCAAGCAAGCCCUCCUGGACAAGUUUGCCGCGGAUGUAGGGUUGAAGAUAUACUCUCUCGACACCGUUGAGAAGCUGGGUGCGUCGCUCGAUCGACCCGUCAACCCACCUCGACCGGCUGACCCGAUCACGAUAAACUACACCUCCGGCACCACAGGACCUCCCAAGGGCGUCGUGCUCACCCACGCCAUGGCCGUUGCGGCGACCUCAUCUUCUCUCGUUAGCUCCGCCGCAGACAAUAAAUCUAGCACACUCUCGUACCUACCACUCGCCCAUAUCUACGGACGUCUCCUUGAACACACGGCACUCUGGUCGGCAGGGCGGAUAGGUUACUUCCACGGUAACCCUCUCGAACUCGUCGAGGACCUCAAAGCCAUCAGACCGACCACCUUUGCCUCGGUGCCCAGACUGUUCAACCGUUUCGGCGGCGCCAUCAAGGCGAACACCGUAGAACAGCCUGGCGUAAAAGGCAGUUUGUCGAGGUACAUUGUGCGUACGAAGCUUGCGAACGCAAACCCCAGCACCACGCCAAACCCUACAUACUCGCACCCGGUCUACGAUCGUAUAUGGGGGAAGAAGGUCGCGUCCGCCUUCGGACUCGAGCGUGCAAGGACCAUGGUUUCCGGAAGUGCACCGUUGGAUCCUUCUCUACAGCAGUUCCUGCGUGUUGUCUUCUCCGCACGCGUCUUCCAAGGUUACGGUCUCACCGAGACGUAUGCGAUCGCCUUGACACAGCCAGUCGACGACUUUAGCGUGGGCAACUGCGGCGCCGUGACGCCGUGCAACGAAGCCUGUCUCCUCUCGGUCCCCGACAUGGACUACACGGUGGAGGACAAGCCGUACCCGCGCGGUGAGUUGCUCUUGCGCGGUUCGAGCGUGUUCACGGGGUACUUCAAGAACCCCGACGAGACGGCCAAGUCGUUUACCGAAGACGGCUGGUUCAAGACGGGCGACAUCUGCAGCGUUGACGAGCUCGGCCGGUUCCGCAUCAUCGACCGCCGCAAGAACGUCCUCAAGCUCGCCCAGGGCGAGUACAUCUCCCCCGAGCGCAUCGAGGGCGUUUACCUGUCGAGUUGCUCGUACCUUGCCCAGGCGUUUGUGCACGGAGACAGCGUCCAGACGUUCCUCGUGGCCAUUUUCGGGGUGCAACCCGACACCUUUUCGCUCUUUGCGUCGAAGGUGCUCGGGAAGGAAAUCGGGCCCACGGACAUGGCGGCGAUCCAGGCCGCCUGCGAGGAACCCAAGGUCAAGGCCGCCGUGUUGAAGGAUCUCGACAGGGCCGGUCGCAAGAAGAAAUUUGCGGGUUACGAACGCGUGAAAAACAUCAAGUUGUACGUGGAGCCGUUCACGGUCGACAACGAGUUACUCACGCCGACGCUCAAGUUGAAGAGACCCGUGGCGGCCAAGAAAUUCAGGGACGUCUUAGAUCAAUUAUACGAUGAAGGGUUGGAGAUGGAGAAACAGGGUGGUGGAAAGGCAAAGGCCAAGCUGUGAUUUCUUCUUCUUUUCGAAUCUUGACCAUUUUCGAUUCUCAAUCAUCCUGGAGUUGGAAAUAUGAGUUCGAAUUCGAUUCCGAUCUGAUGCUGUCACCAGCGCUUGAUCCAUUUCCACCUUGUGUGUUGCAUUGAGAAGCAUUGAGAAGGCAUUGAGAAGGCAUUGACUUGUGUGAUGAUCAACUUUAAUGAUCUGUAGAUCUGAUAGAUUGGCAUCAGAAUAAAUCAAAUACCUGCAAUGAUCUAGGAGUAGAAGAAACCGGGUUUCACGUCACUUGUUAAAACUACCCAG